AUGAUCGCAUGCUAUGCAAGGAAUGGAUUAGAGGAGAAUGCACUGGAACUUUUUGUCCUUGCAUUGAUGGAGGAUAUCAGACCAACGGAAUUCACACUCAGCUGUGUUCUUGGAUCUGCUGCUGUCUUCCUUCCUUGGGAGCAGGGGAGUCAGGUCCAUUCUUUGGUGGUCAAAUCAGGGUUUGAAUCGGACUAUGUUGUUGCCAGUUCACUUGUUGAAAUGUAUAGUAAGUAUGGGUUAAUCGACUCUGCCUUGAAUAUCUUUUCUAAUAUGAGUACAAAAGAUUUGAUAUCUUGGAAUACUAUGAUAAUGGGAUUGGCUUACAAUGGCAAAGAAGUCGAAUCCCUUCGCAUUUUUGAGAAACUACUUGAAAGUGGUUUACAUCCCGAUCAUAUAACACUUUCUGGUGUUCUUUUAGCCUGCAAUUACGGGGGCCUUCCUGAGGAAGGGAUGACCAUUUUUUCUUCGAUGGAAAAGGAAUAUGGAAUUAUUCCAAGAAAUGAGCAUUAUGCUUAUGUUGUAGACACGAUCAUCAGGGCAGGUAACAUCGAAGAUGCAAUUUCAAUAUUAGAAACAAUGCCACAUAAACCCAGUGCUGCUCUUUUUUCGGAAUCCGUACUUCGAACUUGUGGACAUCUUGAAAACCUGGAACUAAUUGAAAGAGUCACGAAGAGGAUGAUGGAUUUGGAACCACAAUCAUCUCUUCCUUACUUGGUGUUGGCCCACGCAUAUGAACAAAGGGGUAAAUGGGAGAGCCUUGUACGAGUUAGGAAUGUGAUGGAGAAGAUGCCAACGAAGAAAAUAGUUGGCUGCAGUUGGAUUGGAUUAAAAGACCAUGUCUGUGCUUUUGAAUCAAACCAAAUGAUUCAGCAUGGUGGAAAGGAUGUUUAUUUAAUUUUGAGAUUAUUGAUGCAAGAAGUGCAGGAUGAAAACUAUCCUUUGCAGAUUAUUGACAUAUGA